AUGGAACUUCAAGGAAUUAAGAAAAUUUUUUUGAGGUCAGAGGUGAAACAUAGAACCAAGUCCAUUAAUUUUAUUGGAGAUGGUGAUGCAAGGACUUUCAAAGCUAUGGUAGACUUGAAACCAUAUAGAUCAAAUCUUCCUAUUACAAAAUUAGAAUGUGUAGGGCAUGUGCAGAAACGGAUGGGCACAAUACUGAGAAAAAUGAAGGAAGAAUAUAAAGGGAAAACCCUCACUGAUGGGAAAAAAAUAUCAGCAAAAAACAGACUUACAGAUGCUGUAAUUAACACCCUCAGCACAUAUUAUGGGAAUGCAAUUAGAGAUAACAGCUCAUCAGUGAAAUACAUGCAAAAAGAUGUUUGGUCCAUAUGGUUUCACAAAGCAUCCAGUGAUGAAAAGCCAAUGCAUAAUGCAUGUCCCAAAGGAGAAAAGUCUUGGUGCCCGUAUCAACGUGCAAAGCAGUGA